AUGUAUCGAGACACACACCAAGGGUUGACUCCCAUCGAGCCGGAUUCCAACUCCGAUGGAGAUUCAUUAUAUCCAGGGUCGCUUGGCGAUGCCAGUUAUACCACAAGCAUCACAUCAAGUGCGUUGAACUACCAAUAUGAGAAUGGUCGCAGGUAUCACUCUUUCCACGAAGGAGAAUAUAUCCUGCCAAAUGACGAACAAGAACAAGAUCGCCUCGAUCUAAGCCAUCAUAUUUAUUUAAUGCUUCUAAAAGGAGAACUACUUCGUGCACCAGUCAAAAAUCCCAAAAGAGUAUUAGAUCUUGGGACAGGGACAGGGAUAUGGGCUAUUGACUACGCGGACGCAAACCCGGAGUCAGAAGUGAUCGGAAUUGAUUUGAGCCCUAUCCAACCAUCGUGGGUACCUCCAAAUUGUCGUUUCGAGAUUGAUGACUUCGAACAACCAUGGUCAUACAGCCAGCCAUUCGACUACAUUCAUGGGCGCGAAUUAGAAGGCUCAGUUCGUGACCACGACAAACUCUUCGAACAAGCAUUCGAAAACCUCACACCCAAUGGAUGGCUUGAAAUGGCAAGCUUUGAACCAACAACUUAUUCAGACGACGGCAGCCACUUGAAAGCGACAAAUUUUUUGAUAGGCAUCGAAAACAUGCACGAAUCAUCAAAGCUAUUUGGCAAAGAUAUGACAUCUUCAUCAACAUGGAAAGAUAAGAUAGCCAAGGCAGGAUUCGUCAAUGUUAAAGAGGAUGUCUACAAGCUGCCACAAGGUCCGUGGCCGAAAGACCCCAAGCUAAAAGAGCUUGGGAGAUACCAUCAAGUCAACAUGCUUGAAGCCAUGCCUCCAUACACGUACGCUUUAUUCACAAGAAUGCUUGGGUGGUCACGUGUUGAGAUCGAGGCAUUGUUGGCAGGGAUACGCAAGGAAUUGUGUGAUACAUCGCACCAUUUGUAUACGAAGGUGCGGAUUGUAUAUGGCCAGAAACCGUCAUGA